GGGGAGAGGAAGGGAGAGAGACGGUGAAGAAGGGAAGAGCCGCAGAGGAAGAAAGUGAAUGAGCGCUCGGGAAGGACAAAGAAUAGUUGGUUGCCGGGUGAGGGGUGGAGGCAGGGCGGGGAGCGCAGUCACCGCCCCUCCUGGCCGCGCUCUCGCCUUCAGAUCCCUCUGCGAUGAGACUGUUUGCAGUGAUGCUCGGAGGGCAGGCACCUGCUGCUCUGUAAUGAUUCAGCCCCUUUCAGCCGUCGCGUUAACACAACAGGAUGCUGUUGCUACUGUCACUGCUGCCUCUCCUGCCGCCGCCGCUGCUGCCGCCGCCGCCGCCGCCGCUGGUCCUGCUUUUGCUUUUACUUCUCCUGCAUGACAGUUGUUUUCUCCAUCUGAGCAGACCCCAGUUUCAGAUGCUCGAGGUGAGAAACAUGCCUUUCAGUUUGGGCUACUGGUUUACUUAACUGACCAACAGAUCAGC